AUGAAACAAUCUAUCAAUCAUCAAUACUAACUCUAACAAUCUCAGUAUAUGUCCACCAUAUAGUUGCCAAAAAUGUAAAAGGAUAAAUAAAAACAUCAACCAAAACUUGAUUUACUCAAAUCUUUAUUGAAAGAUUAGAGUUCAUGUUAAAUUACCCAAAAGUCUCAAAUUUCAACUAAUAGUAAACAACACAGGAGAAUCCAAAAAAUUAAGGCGGAACCUGAACUUAAAGUAGAUGAAUUAAAAGAGCAUAAAUGGUAAAUUCUCUCGUAAAAUUGUCAACACCUCUUAGAACUUAGUCGACAGAUUCUCGACAAACCUAAUUAGUAUCUAAAUAUCACUAAUUUAAUAGUGAAUUACUGUAUAGAUCUACCUCCAACCCAAGACUUAUUGAACAUGACUAAACACUAAAAUCCAAUGUCAAUUGUAAUUAAAAAUAGAGCAUUAAUAAUUAAUAAACCAAUUCCAUCAAAGCUAAAUUUGCAUUAAUUUAGCACUCCAAAAGAAGAUCGUCAAAUAAAUCCUUGAAUAUUAACAAUCCCAUAAAUGUUAUUAUAGCUGAAAAACCCCUACCCAAAAAACACUCCAGUUUACAUGUCUCACCAACCCAUUAGUCCGUAACUACCUCUCAAACUUUGUAAUCAUCAACCAAGUUCUUUUAUGCAAAGCUAAAUCAAGUAUCUUCUAAUGCAUAUAAUCUAUAACGAAGAUUAAAAUAAGAAUAAUAUGAUGAGAUAAAACAGACAAAGGAAAAAGUAUUAUGCAUUAGAUCUGACUUUGAUAAAUUCUCUAAAAUGUUAAAUGAAUCUGAACAAAAUUGA